CAACUAUCCACCACCACAAUGAAUACUUGGAGGCUUACAAAUCCUUUACGCAAUCUGGGUACAUUGACACUCCGAUUAACUAGGCAAAGCUCGCUCCAAGCCAAAAGACGUUUCGUUUCCAAUUCGUCGCCAUCAAUCAUGCCUGGAAUGACACCCAUCCUCAGCGAAAAAGCCAUGCCACGUUUGUGCCCAAGUUUUGCCUGUCUAAAACACAAGCUAAUAUUUUUAUAGCUGUCGGACCAUAUGUGAGACUCGUCAUCAUAUAAGCAUACCUAGGCACCCAAGUCUGACUAUUUUCAGUCCCAAGCCAUAAAAACAUCGCACGCAAUCUACUGCUCAGGUCAACUUCCAGCUGAUGCUCAAGGAAACCUCGUGCAAGGAAGUAUGGGUGAAAAGACAAAGGCGUGCCUCAAUGCUCUCUCCGCUGUUCUCACAGAAGCCGGAUCCUCACUUGAGAGAGUCGUCAAGGUCCAAAUCUUCCUCACUGAUAUGAAGGAUUUUGGAGAGAUGAACGCCGAGUAUGAGAAAAUCAUCAGACACAAGCCGGCGAGGAGCUGUGUCGCGGUCAAGGAGUUGCCCAAGGGUGUUGAUGUUGAGAUUGAGUGCGUAGCGUUGCCAUGAAGAAGUAAUCGAAAAAUCCUAGUGGAGAUGCCUCCUAGUUAUUCGCUGGGAAUUUCAUUCAUCGUUAAUUAUUAACAUUUCUGAAAUCCCGUGGAGCUUGGGGCUGGAACUGUACCUGCAGGUGUGCAUUGAACAACGACAGUCUACGAACACAUUGCAUCAUUUCAUUCAUGACUACUCGUAUCUCCACCACACAGAAGACCAAUACAUACAAAUAUGCCUUCGUCAAUGAAGGCCUCUGUCCAGACUUAUUUCUUCCGUUUCCCCAUAAAUACAAAAUAUCACCAUUCAUCUUUCCCAUCAAAAUUCAACCACCAGUAACACACAGAUCCACCAGAAACCCCAAUCCGAAUCCAAACCCAGUUGUUAGUACAGUAUCUUUACACGUCAUUAUUCGUUCCAUCCUUCAUUGAAAACACAAAUGGACCACCCCCAGCAUACCAGAACAUCGGGGAAGGAUAUCCAUCCGGAUUCUGCUUUCAUAGACAAACAAAAACAACUAUGUGUCGAGAAAAUAGCCAAGCUAUCCAAUGGCCAAGCAACGCUUGCCAAGAUGCAUCUUUCCAGACACCAAAAAUUCCAUGUUGUCCAAUUACAACAGGUAAUAACCCCUACCUGCUUGGGCACGACGGCAUCGAGUUCCGUCGACAGCCGAGAUGUGUCUCCCCGCAAGACGAAGGAGCUUCCGCUUACAAUUGUCGACUGUAAUCGAGUUGGCGAAAAUCUCCGCUCCUUCAAAACCAUCUCCGACGUCGGUCGUCGAAACAGUCCAGGCAUUCUUCAGCAUCUCCCAUUGUUGGAGCGUUUUGAGAUCGAAAUGAUGGCGCUGACAAUUUGGGCAGACAAUGUAUGUGAUGAAAGAUAUUUGUGCAUCUCUCAGGAGCUCCAAGUAGUCGCUCAGAAGCUGUGCCCGGGAAUCUGCGCUCGCGGCCGCAAACCAGGAGUUUAUGGGAUGAGUGAGGUCCUUUCUUGCUAGGAGAGGCAUAUUUAGAUUCUUGCGGGCGACAUUCAAAUGUCCC